GUCUCUUACUAUCUGCGUCAGCGUUGAUCGCGGCAGUUCUACUCUUACACCACGUGCAAGGAGCUGAGUGUUUCUGGAGGUUGAAGGAAAAGUGAUCUGCGAAAAUGGGGAAGAAACUAAAAGUAGGAAAAGCUCGGAAGGAUAAGUUCUACCAUUUGGCCAAGGAGACGGGUUACCGCUCUCGUUCUUCCUUUAAAUUAAUUCAGCUGAAUCGCAAGUUUCAGUUUCUGCAGAAAGCACGAGCUCUGGUGGAUCUAUGUGCAGCACCUGGAGGCUGGCUCCAAGUGGCUUCCAAAUUCAUGCCUGUAUCCAGUCUCAUUGUUGGAGUGGAUCUGGUCCCCAUCAAGCCAGUUCCUGGUGUGAUCACAUUGCAGGAAGACAUCACAACAGAGAAGUGUAGACAGGCUUUAAUGAAAGAGUUGAAGACUUGGAAAGUUGAUGUUGUUCUGAACGAUGGAGCUCCCAAUGUUGGAGCAAGCUGGCAGCAUGAUGCUUAUUCACAAGCUCAUCUUUCCCUCAUGGCUUUGAAGUUAUCCUGUGAGUUUCUCUCUAAAGGUGGCUGGUUCAUUACAAAGGUUUUUCGUUCGAAAGACUACCAGCCUUUGUUUUGGAUCUUUCAACAGUUUUUUAAGAAGGUUCAGGCCACCAAGCCACAAGCCUCCAGAAAUGAAUCUGCAGAGAUCUUCGUUGUCUGUCAAGGUUACCUUGCUCCAGAUAAAAUUGACAGUAAGUUUUUCGAUCCCAAGCAUGCCUUCAAGGAAGUGGAAGUACAGGUGAAGACUGUCAGGGAAUUAGUACCUGUCCGCAAACCAAAGGCAGAGGGCUAUGCUGAUGGUGACUUCACGCUUUAUCAUCGUUUCACUGUUACAGAGUUUAUCAAAUCGGAAAAUGCAGUUGAGUUUUUAGCCAAAGCAAGCGAGAUCACAUUAGAUGAUGAGCAAUUGGAGAACCACCCUGCCACCACGCAGGAGGUGAAGGAGUGCUGUCGUGAUAUCAAGGUCCUCGGUCGUAAAGAACUUAGAGCUCUUUUAAGUUGGCGGACAAAACUGCGCAAGUUCAUUGCAAAGCGGGUUAAGGAAAAAGCAAAUGAAAUGGAAAAUGAAAUCCGACUGAGCUCUAGUGAAGCAGAAAGUGAAAGUGAGGGAGACAAGAAGCAAGCAAUACCAGAUGACGAUGACGAGGAAAUGGAGAGGAAGCUGGCAGAACUGAAGGCAGAAGAAGUUGCAGAGUUGCGCCGGAAAAAGAAAAAAAUUCUGAAAGAACGAAGGAAGCUGCGGGAGCGCAUUGAACUCAAGAUGGACUUGCCUGGAGUAUCUAUUGCAGACAGUACAGACACAGGGAUGUUCUCUCUAAAGACUAUUUCUCAAAACAAGGUCCUUGGUGAAAUCUCACGUGGGGACAUGAGUGUUGCUGAUUGUUUGCUGGAGGAAGGUGGGCAAGAAGAGGAUGAUAUCUAUCUAUCUGACCAAGAUGAGUCUGACCAGGUUUCUGUUGCCAGUGACCUUGACUCUGAUGACCUGGAAGAAAUUAAUGAGCGCCAGAAUCAGCUGAAUCAGCGUAAAAAUGCCUCUAAAAGAGUGACUUUUACUGAGAAAGACGAGAUGCCAGAGGGCAACAGCAAUGAGCUGCUAGUGGAGCUAGAGGAUAAACAGCAAAAGCUUGACCAUCAGACCAGCCUGUGGUUUGGGAAGGAUGUUUUUGCAGAACUUGAUUUAGAUGCUGAUGAGGACAUAGAAAUUGGUCAGACUAAAAAGCUUUAUAGUGAACAAACAACUGAAAAAGGCACUCAAAAGGCCCCAAAAAAUACUCUGUCAAAUCAUCAAGAGGUGAAACCUGCAGAUAUUCCACAGGAAAAAGAUGACCAAAAGAAGACUGAAAAUGACACCAAUGUUGAUAAUGAUUCUGACGACAGCAGCAGCAGCAGCAGUGAUGAUGAGCGGGAGAUUCAAGACAUGAAGAGUAGAAAGCCACUUCAAGGGCAGAAAAGAAGCAAUGAGGAGGACCAGGAUUUCCAGGUGGUCCCCAUUGAAAACAUUAAUAAAAAGGCCAGAAUACUGGAUGCUGAGGGACUUGCUCUGGGAACAGUGCUAGCUACAUCAAAGAAGAAGCAGCGAAAUCUUGUAGAUGAUUCAUUUAACAGAUAUGCUUUCAAUGAGGAGGAGUAUGAAGCUCCUGAGUGGUUUGUUAAUGAUGAAAGGAAACACAGAACCAAGCCCAUCCCCCUAACUCGUGAAAUGGUGGAAGAAUACAAGCAACGCUGGAAGGAAAUUAAUGCCCGGCCUAUCAAGAAAGUGGCAGAAGCCAAAGCUCGCAAGAAGAGGAGGAUGCUCAAAAAGAUGGAACAGGCAAAAAAGAAAGCAGAGGCUGUAGUGAAUACGGUGGACAUUUCGGAACGUGAAAAGGUGGCACAGCUGAAAAGCAUUUACAAGAAGGCGGGUAUUGGUAAAGAGAAGCGCGAGAUCACAUAUGUUGUAGCUAAAAGGGCAGCUGGACCAAAGGUACGAAGGCCUGCUGGAGUGAAAGGACAAUUCAAAGUGGUUGAUAGGAGACUGAAAAAGGACACAAGAGGAAUGAAGGGAAAAGCACAACAGAAGGGCAGUGGAAAGAAAAGAAAAUAGCCACUCUGUGGGUCAUACCUUCCAACAGGAUACAAGACUAUAUCAUUGCUUUUGUUUUCAACAGCGUCCUGAAAGAAAAUGCUCAUGUGAUGAUAUUUUUUAAAUACUGUUUGCGUUUGUUAUUAAAUGCAGUACUCUUGGAGCAUUGAAUUCCUCCUUUUGGCUUAAGUAUUCUAAAGAUAAUAAUAGUCAUGUCUUCUGUAGCAGAAGUGGAAAAGUGCAAUUUACAACUAAGCAACCGGUAGAAGCAUGAAGAUACUAUGAUUUUUCCCAAUUUCUGGAGUCCUUGGAUGCCAGUCUUAAAUGGUGGCAUUUCAUUGAUAGUUAAGUGCCUCUGGUUAUAUUAAUCCUUUAUUAUGAGUGACAAUGAAGUGUAGGGGCAGUGAUUCAGACCUUUUUUGGUUUUAAGAAUUGACCAUUAGGUAUACCCAAUGGUGUAAUGUCUGAAUUGCAUGUUUCCCAGGAUUAAAUAUUUAGUGAAAAUGUACAUGGUAUCCAAAUAAGUAAAGAGAAUUCGCUCGGCUGACCUACUUAAAUCAAGGUGGAAUGUCAUUUCUGCUUUGGGAGUUUGUUUUUUUUUUUUUUUGUUUGUUUGUUUGUUUUUUCCCAUCCUACCAAAUCAACAGUAUGCCAAGUAGUGUUUUAAGGAAGGAGAGAAUUUUUAGCAAACUUUCCCUAAUCCAUGCUACUCCAACCUCUACAAGCUAAAUGUUUUAGCAUGACCUCCUAGUUCUUCAUUCUGCAUGAACAUUAUUUAGAGUCACCAGUUAGAGUGUGUACAACAAAGCAUGGCACCCUUAAGAAUGUGCAAGAGGGACUUCCUGGUGGUUGGAUGGGUGGUCCUGUCACAGAUAAUGGAGAACACUGUUUUAUAUAGCAGCUUGCUGACUUGUUCCUAUUAGCUGAACUUUGUAUGUGAAGCAGUGCUAGCCAUUCUAAAUAAUAAUAUAAUUGUUUGGCUGACACCUUUAUUCAAUGAAACUUACAACAUCAGAUAUACAAUUAGCUACAGUUCUUUUGUGUUUCCAGUUGGAAUACAGGAAUGUGAACUGUCUUGCUGUUGAUCACACAGUGUCAGUAGUGGGAUUUAAACCCACAAACUCAUGGGUCCUAGCUCUGGGUGAAGCUGGGUAACUCAGCUAGUAAUUAAAUAAAAGCAACUAUUCCACCCAAACCACAUCCUCCUUUCGUGCUGUAUUUUAGUACUGCUGUACUACCUAAGUGGUUCUUAUUUCCUGCCUAUUCUUUUGUUAACAAUAAGCAAAUGUGCACAAUUCAGAGGCCUGUAUAUUUGUGUGUGGUGUGGUCAUCCAAACGAGGACAGCUUAAAUACAGUAAUAAGCUUCAGUAUAUUUUUGGUGCUUAUUAGAUAUGUACAUUUAAGAAAUGUUAAUAGUGAUAUUUUACUCAUUCCAGUACAAAAUAGACCAUACCAUGUUGAAAGUGUGCACGUUCUAUAAAAAGCCAAAGGGCUGACAGUCACUGGUCAGUGGUCUUCUUUUAGUGCGUGAGACAUGACAGCACUUGAGAGAUAGCAACACUACUGCCUGUUAUGUCUAGAAAGUGCAGUCAUGUUUCGAGAUACUAAGGUAUGACAGAGUGUGCGAUUGUUUAUAUGUUUGUGUAAAAGAUAAAAGAUAACCAAGAUGUACUUCGAGUUUGAAACAUUGCGUUAAAUUUUUUUUUCUGUCAUUUUCAAAAGCAAAGUUUGAGCAAAACACUUUAAAAAUUAAAUAUCAAUACAACAUUUAUGUUUCCAUCCUUUAAUUUUAUUUUUCUUGGACCCUUGCUUCCCAUUUCAUUUUUAUAAGGAGCUAGUCAAUAUCCCAAGAGUAGCAUUACCAAGGUAGUAACCAACUGUGAAUAUGGGGACAGAUUCUUGUGCCUUUUUACACUGUUAUGACACCAAGCCAUCUUUGGUUCACCACCAGACUUUGUUUUGGAUGAAGGAGGAGGCAAAAGUAAGCCCAGGGAAUAUCCACAGGUGGUGAGAUUCCUGGAGCUGAGAAACACUUGGUAAAGUAUAUUUACACACAGACACUCGAUAUGAAGUACACCUGCUGGUUAAGGCAAACCGCCUGUUCCUCCAUACAGCCUUUUGCAUGGCUGCCAUUCAGUGUAUACAGUUUGCAGAAAUUAGGAAAGACUAUAAUUUUAAACAAUCAAAGAUUAGGAAGGACAACAGACUUUGAUGUGAUAAUUUGAUAUUGGAAAAGGUGGUUCAGUUCAUUAAACAGUCCAGUUUGCCAGGAUUACACUUAAGAUGUGCAAACCCACAGGUACUAACAACCCUUAAGUAAGCACUUCAGAGAGAAGAUGAGCAGCCGUCCUGAUAGAGGAUUACACCUGACACAAUCUUGUUUCUAUUUAAAAAAAAAAAAAAAAAUCUAGACAGUGAUGGUCUUCUGAUGGUAAUAGAAAAAAGGGUCUGAUGGAGUAGCAAACAGGUAAGAGUCAAAAGAGGUUUCUACCUUAAAGCAGAAACAGAAGGGGCUUGCACAGAGACCUCUGUCUUUUAAAUAUUUCUAGAGUACUUGGAAAUUCUGUGAUUUAUUGUUCUUGUAAUUUCCCAGAAUAUCUUGCAAUAAAUGAUGCAGUACUGGC